CAUCAAACCACAGUCGAUAUAACUCACGCAGUACAGCCCUCGCAACCACCACCGUCACCCACCAUCACCUCCUCCCGGUCUCUCCUCCAAGAACCCUCGCCUUCUUACCUCCUCUCCUUGAGUGUUUCCUGAUUCAAGAUCGAGAUCGAAUAUCCCUUGCUUAGGUCCGGAGAGAGAUCUAUUUCCCGGUGUUCAUUGUCCCUAAAUCUAAUUUUCCCCCUCCCUCGGGAACGGCCCACACCAGUGAUCAAACUACGACGGACGAACCCUUUUAAGAACCUAACCUUCGUGUUUCCCCCGUCCAUACCAUACCUAACCAACCACUAUAUCUAUCUUCUACGACGACUGACGACAUUCACCGCUGUCCGCUUCCGCCAGAAUUCACCUUUGUUCUCAUUGACGGAAAGAGGAACGAGUGGGAAAAAAAAAAAAAAAAACUAGACAACUGUUUCGAUUCGAAUGGUAUAUCUGUGUUAAAGAGCUAGGGAUUGCCCCAAACUGAACAUCCCCCGCCUGAGAGAACUCGCAAACGGCGAACGCUGUCCUACAUCAUAAACGACUAUCGAUUCCUUGGUUAUUUGCUGAAAAUUGACAGCGGUUCCUGCGCAGAAGCGAAGUUUGUCAUUCCACGCCGCCUACGUCGCCACCCCUUCCUCCGCGGAUAUACGUAAUACAUUUUUGUUCUCCUAAAGAAGGACGAUACAGAUCUGAUCUGAAGAAAACAAGCCGUGCUGUUUCUUUGAGACUGUAAUUCUUUUAUCUUGUUGCGCGCAUCGUCCUCGGUACAUACAUACCCAACAGGCAACGACGGGACCGGCGCGGCAACCAUCACAUCAUCGGGAUACCCGUACAUACCGAGGGACCUCUUUUGUGGUUUUUGUCAUUUGUCCUUCGAUUUUUCUUUUACCCCUUUUUAUUAAUUAAUAGCCUGAUUGAGAGGCUCUUCAUAGCGCGACCAUGUCGAAGGUUGUGAGGAGCGUGAAGAAUGUCACCAAGGGAUACUCGUCCGUUCAGGUCAAAGUCCGCAAUGCAACGAGUAAUGACCCUUGGGGCCCUACGGGGACAGAGAUGGGGGAAAUUGCGGCGAUGACAUUUCAUAGUCCCAGCGAUUUCUACGAGAUUAUGGACAUGUUAGAUAAGCGACUGAAUGACAAGGGCAAGAACUGGCGACACGUGCUCAAGUCAUUGAAAGUGUUGGACUACUGUCUUCACGAAGGUUCGGAGAUGGUGGUUACAUGGGCCAGAAAGAAUAUUUACAUUAUCAAGACGUUGCGCGAAUUCCAGUACAUUGAUGAGGAUGGCCGUGAUGUUGGACAAAAUGUACGAGUUUCCGCGAAGGAAUUAACCGCCCUGAUCCUUGAUGAAGAUCGUCUGCGAAACGAACGCUCUGAUCGGAAACUCUGGAAGUCGCGUGUCAGCGGAAUUGACGAUGGAAUACAUGGGAUUGCUGGUGGCAGUGAACCAGGUCGCCGCCCAAGGCGGGAUCGCCCUCACCGGCAAGCUGACGAAGAGGAUGCUGAAUACCGCCUUGCAAUCGAAGCAAGCAAGCACGAAGCUGAGGAGGAGAGGAAACGACGCCAAAGGGAGACAAACGUCGAAGCCGACGAUGACGAUCUUGCCAAGGCUAUUAAAUUGAGUAAGGAAGAAGAGGAGCUUCGAAGGCGUGAACUGGAGGAGAGUAAUCCCUCUGCGCUGUUCGACGACAACACUCCCGCUGCGCCGCAACCUGCUCAGCCUCAAUUAACAGGAUAUAACCAGGGAUACCAGCAACAGCCUGCGGUAGAUUGGUUUGGGAACCCAAUGGACCAACAGCAACCUAUGUCGACAGGCUACUUGAACAAUCAAUACGCGCAACCAACGGGAUUCCAGCCGCAACAGACGGGUUUUACAAAUGGCUAUACAGGCGGCUUCCCCGCUCAACAACCCGGCUAUGAUCAGUUCGCGCAGCAAAAUAACUUCUUGCAACCCCAAGCCACCCUCCAACCACAGCAAACUGCAUUCAAUAACCCCUAUGGCAAUGAUAUCUUUGGUCAGCCACAACAACAGCAACAGCAACAGCCGCAACAACAGCAAUCGCAACAAGACAACAGCUUCCUCCAGCCAGGAACUCAUAACCCAUGGGCAUCAAACCAACAACAACCAGCGGAUGCGCUUAAGCCCAUGCCAACGGGCUCCAAUAAUCCAUUUGCCUCGUCAUUCACACGAGCCCAAGCACAGCAGGUCCAAAAGACCGGCCCACCAUCUCUCGGCACCCUCACUGAACAGCGCACCGCUCAUCAAUUCACCAACAACCAGCCUUCGACAAACCCCAUCAUGAACUUCCAGUCGUCCAGCAAUACACAGCAGCAGCAGCAGCAGCAACAACAACAACAACAACUUCAAAACCCGCAGCACGCCCGUCUCAACGCCCUCCUCGCCACCGGCGACGGACAAGAUACCUUCGGCAACGUCGGCGACCUCCGUAUCCCUGCCCAGCACACCGCGCCCGGCGUAUUCGUAAAUUCUGCCGGUCAGGGUCUCGACCGUCUCCAACCAAACCAAACCGCGAACAAUCCCUUUUUCAACCAGCAGUUUACAGGCGCUCCGCAGCAGCAGCAGCACCAGCGGAAUAAUAAUCCGUUUGGAAUGGGACAGCCGGGCUAUGUGGCCCAGCCUCAGCAGAGUGGGAAUCUGAUUGACCUGUGAAGUUAGGAAGGAGGAAGGAGGAAGUUGGAGUAGGGGAAGUGGGGAGAGAGGGCUUUUAUGGGUUGAAGUUUUCUUUGUUCUUAUGACGAUGUCCUCUUCAAACAAACGCGUUGUGUGGAGUUUGCGGGAAUUUUGUAGAAUUCCAUGGCCGGGACACGUUGUGAUUUGAAGAGCGGAGGGGAGGAUUUUCAUAUUUCAUGAAGAGCUUGUCAAUUUGCGCAAGAGAGACAAGAAGUUUAGCCCUUCCACAGUUUUAUUCCUUAUUUUCCGUGUGCUCGGUGAAAAUUGGGUCUUAUAUUUUGGGGCCAUUUUUUGUCCCCCCCCCCCCUCUCUCUCUCUCCCCUUUUCUCCCUUUUUUUUUCUUUUUUUGUUUCUUUUUGCUAUGUUUUACUUAGGUUUUUGUAUCUUUUUCCAUCUCUUUUGAAGAGUCCGCCCGCCCUUCUUGCCAGUUUCCUAUCACACAUUUAUCCCCAUAAGUCAUACCUUUUCGUCUUUUUCUCCUUUUCUCCCUCUUUUGUUUUAUGUCAGAUAGCGUUUUUUUUAUUACCAUCUACAUUAGUUAACCUACUACCUACCUGCGGCUCCAAUUCCCCUCCCACCUUUUUCUCCUGCUUGUUCUUGGGCCUUUGUCUUUAUUUAUGUUAUUUAUUUUAUCCAUUGGCCUUUUUACGAGUGAUAUUAGCUGCGCGGUAACAUGUUUUUCGUUUCCUCUAUUUCCUUCCCUUCUUUCUCUACCUCGCUUUUCCGAUUCUCGUACUCAUCUAGGCCAGCGAUUUCUUUUUAUCCCAAACAAGAAAAGAACCGCUUACUGAUAAUUCUUGGCGAAUAAUGUCUCCAGAAUUAGGAGAUGGUCAGAUAUCCCCAUGCUAAAAUAAAUAUUGAUUUAUGUCCCUGCAUUUCUUUUACUUUCCAUCUUCCAUUUUCCGUCUCUACUUCUCUUUAAUUGUCAUGAAAAAGAAAGGAAGAAAACAAACUGCACUUGGACUGUAAAUGUCAUGUACAUACUUUGCAUACAUUCAACAUGAAGCUUAAUGCCCUGUACGCUUCCCACACUCCAAAAGUUGUUACAUAUAGGGUCCGAAUUAGGGCUCAAAAAAUAAACGCCAUAAGCGCGAACCUUGUUUUGUGUCAGUUGAUCAUAUCAUACUGGUAUUCCGCCUGGGAAUCAACCAUAGCAACUAACAUGCCAUAAAGAGGGGAGCGGGGGGGGAACAAAUAUUUUGUUUUCGGGAGCCGAGAAUAUGUACCGCUGCUGCAGUUUGUCAGUGCUUGGCUGUCAACUUUUGCGGUGAUGUGAUAUACUACUAUGUCGAUGCUAUGAAGCAUACAUACCUCCUACUACAGAUUGUAGCUAAGGUCAAGUGCUGUGAGCGUCUUCUUUGAAAUGGUUAUUUGGAUUCUUCCAGCUCUCCAGCAAGAGGGUUGGUCCAUGUUUUGCCUAUGGCGAUCUUGUCAUGCGCUGGUCGUCGUCUAUGAUGUGAAGCCUUUGUAGAUAGAGUAUUGGCUCCGUACCAAGGACGAUAUUCUGCCAGAGAACGCGGUUCUUUCGCCCCGUUCUUGUGGAUCUGCUUCGUGUUGUUGUUAUAAAUGAUGCUCCAGGUCAAUCUUGGCUGCUACACAGACUUGCUUAACGAACAAGCCUGUCUGUGUCCCUGACAUCCAUCAGACGUUGGCAGCUGUCGCUCCCCAAGAAGGAUUGAAUCUGAAGACAUGUCUUUGGCCGGAGCAGGACUUGUGCACGAUUUUCCCUGCACUCCGUAUGGUCGCCACCAGCCAUGAGCUUCUGUGCAUUUCCCUCAUUGGGCUUGGUCGUGUCUUUUUGGAGUGAACAUUAUAAAUGGAAAUGGGAAACGGGGGCUUCAUAGUUCAUAGUGUUAACGAUAGGGCGGAGGACCAGAGAGGCCUAUCCAAAAGAAGCUCUCUGAAACAUCACCCUGGAAGCGGCGGGUUUUC